AUGUUCGAUGCUUUCCACUUUUUCACGAGACUUCCAGUAGAGCUGCAAACAGAAAUAUGGACCUUGGCGAUCCGUCCCACAACGCCUGGUGUACAGACUUUCAGCUUGAGCAGCAAGUCGGGGAAGGAGCUAUCUGAAAACACAGCCGAGGAUGCCCCGUGGGCUGUUACCUACCACCUGACAGCGCCGAAGUGGGCAUUUGCUCCCAUGUCCAACAGAGUCUGUACCUUUCAAGAAACCUUGGCUUCAUGGACUAAGAAUAACCCUUCAACGUAUCUGGUCGACUCUGGUGUCUGGAAUGCCUGCAGACAUUCGCAUAACGUCAUGAGAGAUAUCAUCAAAUCUAGGAAGCCAAUGGUCGUGAAGACAAAGAUGGUCUGUGGCGAUCUGAACGUUGAGGCCAGCUUACCGGGGGGGCUCCCUUCCUCUAGACGUACUGUCAUCGUGUCUCCAAGUCAAGACCUCUUCAUUUUGCAACUCGACCGUCCCGACAUGCUCAGCUGGUCUUUAUUUGAUGAUAUCGCACCCAUCGACACAGUCCCAAAGUCGAUACAUGUGGGACAUGUGGGCUGGCAGUACCAUCCGGCCUGGGCCAUGAGUCUACGAGACUCUCCCUGGAUCGGAGCCCUUGACUCGUUAUGCUCCUACAUAGUGUAUGGGAUUAGAUUUGGUGGACUCGAAACGCUAUGGCUUAUAAACUGGCGGAUCAAGAGGAAGCAUUGGGUGCCUUGGAAAAACGAAGUAGAGAGGCCGAGCCCAAAGGUUUUCGAAACUGACAACCUUCGAUUCAUGGAGGUUAUAUUGGAUGAGAAUGUAGAGUCACUGGACCAAUUGAGAUGGGACGAGGUUGGUCCAGAGGACGGCCUCUACACCGUCGUCGACUUUCUUGCUUUUGUGAGACAGCUUCAGCUAUCAGUAUCCCAUGUUCUUACGGCCACCCAAAGCCAGCAGGGGCCCAGGCGGACCAUGAGCGUGAAGGUUCUGGCGUGUGAAGAAAGGCGGUAG